AUGUCAGAUGCCGAAUCUGAUGCCAAGACCAUUGCACCACUCACAACAACAACAACAACAACAACAACGACGACGACGACGACCCUCGUCACCAACCAAACCAUGGACUCACCUAUAGACCCCGAUUCGAAUCCCGCCCUUUCAGACGAAGCCAGUUUCGACACCCACUCUCUACAUGCCAGUGUCCUGGAUUAUCCCAUGUUCUGGGGACGUCGGUACCAUCGGUACAAAGAAGGCAGCUAUCUAUUCCCCAACGAUGAAGACGAAUCGACUCGUCUCGACAACCAACACGAAAUCCUCAACCGCCUCCACAACAGACUCUUCUUCGCUCCUUUACAUCCCGACCAUGUCUACAACGUCCUCGACCUGGGCACAGGCACCGGCCAGUGGCCCAUCGAACUUGCCGACUCCAAUAUCCUCCCACACGCCGAAAUCACAGGCAUCGACCUAUCCGCGGUCCAACCCAUCGACGUGCCGAACAACGUAUGUUUCGAGAUCCAAGACUGCAGCGACGACGACUGGCUUCGGCCCCUGGACAGUGUAGACUUUUGCCACGCCCGCUUUUUGGCGGGCAGUCUCGUCUCUUACAAGGACAUGAUCCGUACGGCGAGGAAGUACAUCACCCCGGGGACGGGUUGGAUGGAGAUUCAAGAACUUCAUCCGACGCCUGUGAGUGACGACGACACCAUUCCUGACAAGUGGCCCCUGAAGGCCUGGGACGAUAAUUUACACCGUGCCGCCGCCCGGGCCCUUGACCCCCCCCGGCCCGUUCGGGUCGCGAGUCACAUCAAGACUUGGAUGGAGCAGGCCGGCUUUGUCGACAUACACGAACAUGUCAGUAAGAUCCCCCUGGGCCCCUGGCCGAGGGAUCCCCAUCUGAAGAACAUUGGAGGGUGGUGGUUGAAUAAUUGGUUGACCGGCCUACCGGGAUUCACGUACAAAUUGUUCGGGGUGGAAGGGCUACAGUGGACACGCGAGGAGAUUGAGGUCUCGCUCGCCGAGGUGAGGAAGGCCACGAAGAAUAAGGACGUACAUGCCUAUCAGCGACAUUAUAUCGUCUAUGGGAGGAAGCCGAGUAGAGAGGAAGAAGCCAUCAUGUGGGGCAACGGACAUGGAUGAGAAUGACCUAUGUCUUGAGAUAUGUUUGCGACAGAAUGUUCCUGAACCACACCGGGGGACGGACGACGAGGCGAGAUGAGGGCGAGACGAGACAACCCGCUGUUGGAGGCCGAUUGGAUUGGAUGCAACAUGACCAGGUAUCGUCUUUUCACUUGGUCGGAGAGCGCACUGUACGACGGGGAUUGCUGUGGUUGUGCUCGAAGAAAACAAGGUUGCGUCUGAGAAGGCAGAAAAAGAGGGGGACGAUACUGCGGCC